AUGGACCCGUUAACACCAUAUUGCCGCGAGCUGGCCUCGCCAGGCAUCUUUCAAACUGUAAUCUCCAUCUUGAUCGUCUUCGGCAUCCUCCUCUCAUACCUCCCCCAACAUAUCCGAAUCAUCGCUCGCCGGAGCUCCUUCGGUAUCUCCCCAUACUUCAUCCUCCUCGGGGUAACAUCAGGGACAUCCGCCUUCUCCAACAUCCUAGUCUUCCCAUCCACCGCACAAGAUGUCGCCUGCUGCCGGGAGAUCAGCGGAUUCGCCUGUUUUGCCGGGCUACUGGGUCUAUUCCAGAUGGGCAUGCAGUGGCUGUGUUUCUUCUCAAUCCUGCUGCUCUUCGUGAUCUACUUCCCGCGCGCCACGUCCCCCACAGACCCAGUCAGCACUGUGUCCUCCACAUCCCGCAACCCGACAUACCGCACCGCGCUCGUCGUAACGGGCAUCUGUCUGCUGCAUGCGCUGGUCACGAUCAUCAUUUCCAUAGCGUUCGAGCUGCGCCGCCCGGCUGCGGUCCCAGCCUGGGCUAACUUCCUUGGCGUCCUGGCUGCUGUCCUCGCGUCGAUCCAGUACUUCCCGCAGAUCUAUACUACAUUCAGGCUGCGGUGCGUGGGGAGCUUGAGUAUCCCGAUGAUGUGCAUCCAGACGCCUGGGAGUUUGGUCUGGGCUGCGAGCUUGGCUGUCCGCAAAGGGUGGGCUGGAUGGAGUAUUUGGGGCGUGCUGGUUGUCACGGCCUGUUUGCAGGGUACUUUGUUGACAAUGGCUAUCUACUUCGAGUACUUCGGCCCCAAGAACAAGCAGCAAGCAGGACACCAUGUUGAUCAGAAUGGUGCAACCAAUGGAUCGACAGGUGACCGUGAGGAUAUCCAGCAGGAGUCUGCGCGUGAGGAACGACCGACUACCGAGGAGACGCCGCUGCUUCAGAGCUAA